AUGGUCAGGCUUCUGACCCACCAGCUGGUCCUUACAAGACACCAGAAUCUUGCAGCCCAGAUCAAGGGUGCAGGCAUACAGAGUAUGCCACAGAUGAUGAGGGAAGAACAGUGCAAUAUGUAUGGUGUCCCCUGUGCAAAGUGUCAGAUCUUCCAGACCUUUCCUGAUGCACCCCCCUCAAUAACGACCCCAGUCCUAAUCCUUGUUGGAUUCGAAUGCACACGAAGAUUAUACAAACCUUCUGUCACCAUAACAACAUUUCACCACCAGCAGAUGGUACAGGAGCUUGUGUCAACGGAGUUCUCUAGCUUCACCACCCAUGUGCAGACCUUCUCCCAGACAACCAAGAUUGUGGGGGCAAGUGGAGUGGAUGUGACCAGGAAGGAGGCAAUGAGCAAGGUGGAGUUCUUCAGCAUGGUGACUGGAAGUCCCAAUAUCCCUGCAGGCAAGAGCGCUCCUGAGUUUGUGGAGAAAUCUCACCAGAUCACCUCACCAGAAGGGGAUAAAGCUGUUUUGAGCCCAGAUACACAAGGAGACCUCAAGCUCAAUGUCUCCUGGAAGAUGGAGAGUGGCCUCCCCAUCAAGGAGUAGGCCAAGAUAGCCUAUGACCGCAUUAACAAGGAACACGUGCUGAAGCUGGAACCACUGACCUCAGAUGACUCCCACAAACACAAGUGUAUUGCAAGUAAUGACUACGCAGGUGCCAUCUAUACGGUGUCCUCGCUGAUGACAGAGGAUAAGCAAGCCCCCUCCUUUUGAAAAAUGUUGAAGGAGGUGAGGGCUCCUCCUAUUCCUAAGAAGAAGCAGAAAAUAACAGAUAAGAAAGAGAUGCUAGAGAUUUUUUUGUCCAAGGUAACCAAGGCCUUUGAAAAGGUUUGCACAGAACAUGGUUUCACUGACUUCCAGGCACUGCUUAAGAAGCUCAAAGAAAAAAAAAAAAAAGAAGAAGUAGAGGCCUGCCAGAUACUGAAACCGCUAGAGAUAGAAACAAAGAUUGAUACCACAGUAGUUUUUGACUGCAUCAUGGAAAUGAAGGACCCCAAUGUCAAGAUAAUAUGGAUCAAGGGGCACCAGCCACUGAGGAUCCAGUACUCCAUUGGCAAGUGCCAUAUAAAGCAGCUGGGUACCAAGUACAUGUUGGUGAUUACUAAUGUCAACUUGAGUGGUGCUGGUACUUGCAGCCUGGCUGUCGGUGAUAAAAGGAUGAAUGCACAGCACACAGUAUUGGGUCUCCCCCACUCUUUGCUGCAGAUGAAGCCAGUGAAGGUGACAGAGUGCCAGACAGCUGUGUUUGAAGCCCACCUGUAAGAGCCCAACUUUAUGUGGAAGUUCAAUGGGCAGGAGCUGAAGAGGGAUGACAGGUAUGAAAUCUCAGUGUCUGAAGAUGGUCUAACUCACAUGAUUAAGAUUAAAGAUGCCAGACUUGGUGACAUUGUUGAGUUCUUAGCUCAAGCAGGGAACUUAGAGCAAAAGGCUCAGCUCACUAUUGACCGUGAAUAAUUAAGCAACAUUUCCAUCAAAUUUUUGAGCAACCUUAAAAAUGCACAUGUCAAAGAGAAGUGCCGCACAUGCCUUGAGUGUGAGCUGACUUCCAAGGAUGCAACAUUGCUCUGGAAGAAAGAUGGGAAGCUGCUGGCACGUGGCUCCAAGUACAGCAUGAACCAUGAGGGCAAGUGAGUGGGACUGGUCUUUGAGGAUGCACAGCUCAGUAAUGGUGGUGAAUACACUGUGGUGGCCAUGUAGGAUGAAGGCCUUACUGAAUACUUUAGCAAUGCCACUUUCACUGUGGAAGUGUCUCACCACAUGAAGAGUGGGAUGUCCAAUGUGCACACAGCCACUGGAGGCCCCACUGAGUGAUGCAUAGUGCGUAAUGAUCAGUAAAUGGAGGGUGUGUGGCUGAAGGAUGGUAAGGAGAUCACAGACUUGUCUGGCAUUCAGAUGGUAGAGCAGGGUGCAGUGCACAAGCUCAUCUUCGCCAGUGUAGGUCCAGAACACAAGGGCAGGUACACCUUCCCGGCCAAGGGUGCAGAGAGUAAAGCCUCAGUAUUAUUGCAGGUACUGUCCACUCAAGGUAGAAAAUGCUCAGUGAAACCUUCCCAUGACUUUCUCCUUUCCUCAUGGGCUCCUCUUCCCCUGGUAGGCAAGGCUUUCUUGAUUCCCUCCCCUCCAGAUCCACCUACCACCAACCCACCAAUCCUGAAGGCACUAGCUACACAUCCUGUGACUGUGAAGGUGGGCCACACAGACUACAUCAAGGUGCCCUUCCAUCCAUGGCUGCCCCAAGUGACAUGGUACAAGAAUGGCAUGGAGGUGACAGAGGAGGAGCACGUGACCAUGGAGCCUGGGGAAGACCAGGCAUAGUUCACCAUCUGAAACCGUGUACGUGAAGAUAGUGGCCUGGUCCUGCUCAAGCUCAAGAAUAACCAUGGCACAGCCACCACUAUGCUGCAUCUCAAUGUGCUGGCUGAGAAUCGUCCCAAGCACCCCCCCCCCCAGGGCCCAGUAGAAUUCCUGGGGCUCACAGCUAAUUGUGAGCACAUGAAAUGGAAAGCCCCGAAGGACAACAGAGGAUGCCCUGUGACCCAGUUCAUAGUGGAAUAAAAAACAGUUGGCAAGAGCUUGGUUAAGAUUGGAGAGGUGGAUGGUAAAGUCACCAAUUUCUCCACCAACAAAGUGGAAGAGGAGAAAGCCUACCAAUGUGUCCUGGCAGUCAAUUCAGAAGGUGUGAAUGACCCACUGGAGACUAUAGGAGUGGUCCCUGUUGGUCCUCAUUUUUCAAAUGAGGAAUAUGAGUCUCACAUGCAUCUUGCCCAAGGGUCACAGGUACUGCAUGGCCAAGUGACAUUUCAGAAACAUCUUUCUGAAUCCAGGACUUCUGCUGUCCAACAAAAAAGGACACUACGUCCCAUCUUUAACCAGUGUAAUCAGGUAGCUGUGGGUAGGGGUACAAUACAUCUACCCCAAGGGUUGCUGAAAGAUCUUCUAAAUGAUCUAGAGUUCCCCAGGCCUCCUAAAGACUUGAAGCUGUAUGAGGAAGUCCCUAAUACAGUGUCUCUGACCUGGAACCACAGCUCUGAGGAGGAGGAUGGUGAUGCCCACUAUGUCAUCCUGAAGCGAGCAAAGCGUGUCUUUAGCAACAAGUACAUGGUGACAGGGCUAAUCCCUGGAAGAAAGUACUACUUCAGAGUGGUGGUUCAAAAUGAAAUUGGUGACAGUGACCCGCUGGACUCCAAAAGCACCUGGCUCAUCAAUAAGGACCAAAUAGAGGACCUGAGCACCACACUGAAGUCCUACCAGCAUAAAGACUGGUACCACACACCCCGCUUCUUGACACCACUCAAGCCACACACUGUACUCUGUGGCCAGAACCGCACCGUGACCUGUGCCUUCCUUGGGAACCCACGGCCCAGUGUGACCCUGUAGGGUGAUGCCAACAUCACAGCUAACUCCAAGUUCUGGUACAACUCUACCAGCAGUGUGUGCACCCUUGUCAUUCCUACCUGCACCCUAAAGGACAGUGGCGAGGACCGCAUACUGGUGGGGAAUGAGCUGGGCAAGGAUCGCAGCAGCUGUACACUAUGGUGAGGGAGCCACCAGGAUAAGUUAAUUCUGGCACCGAUCACAGAAAAUACGCGGAAGAAAUCAAAACACCUUAUAUGAGCCCAGGCAUCAGAUGUUGUGAUGUAUGGCUUCUUUGUCCUCAGCAUGGCCACCUGUAGUCCAGGGUGCCUUCUGGUGUGUGUUAAUGUAAGCAUUCUCUGAAUAGUACAAUAAAUUCAUCAAGCUCA